AUGGAAGAUCUUCCAGGCGCCGACUCACCUCCCGUCAACGACGUCGGCCACGAACCAGCUGGCAACGACGACCCCCAAGAUCCUCUCCGCCCCGAGAUCGAAGAAGAAGACUCUGCUCGCACUCCUCCUAUCGCUGACCCCCACCUCGACACCGAGCUCGCCGAAGACGACCAAAACCCAGAACUGUCCAUGCCCGGCGCCGCCGACAACGACGACAAUGACGCAGACUCUGACGCUCUGAGUGAUGUCGACGAGGCCCAGUUCCAAGACUUCGAUCCUAAUGCCAUUGCUAUCGAGGAGAGACCCAGAGUUGUUGAUGCCAGUGGUGUUGCGCUGCUGGGAAAGCACAAGCGCAAGCGCGAUGAUGCUGAUGGUGAGGGCAAGAAGAAGCGCAGAGAGGGUCGUCGUGAGAAGCCUAAGCGCAGUAAGCGUGCAGACGGGGAUGGUGGAGACUUUGAUGGCGAAGGAGAGGAUGAAGGACGUAGGAGAAAGACAAAGGCUCCUGGCGAGAAGCGCAAGAAGAGGACACCUAGCCCCGAGGACGACUCGAACCUGACGCCAGAAGAGAGACGCAGAAAAGCAUUCUCUCGCAAGCUGGAUGAGGCCCUCAAGAAACCCAAGACAAACAACAGGCGCAAGGCCGGCAUCGACCUCGAGCAAAUGGCCGAUACGGAACUCGAAGAAAUGCGCCGUCGCAUGGCCGAAGCCGCCCAAGCAGACACACAAGCCCGCGACGAAGGAAAGCCUGCUAUGCACAAGCUUAAGCUCCUCCCAGAGGUUGUCGCCCUGCUGAACCGCAACACCCUCCAAAACGCCCUCGUCGACCCAGACAUCAACCUCCUCGAGUCCGUGCGCUUCUUCCUCGAGCCUCUCAACGAUGGCUCUCUGCCUGCCUACAACAUUCAACGCGAACUUUUUGCUUGCCUGGCCAAACUGCCCAUCUCAAAGGACGCACUGGUGGCCUCAGGCAUCGGCAAGGUGACCCACUUCUACACCCGCAGCACAAAAGCCGAACCGGGCAUUCGUCGCCAAGCCGAAAAACUCGUUGGCGAAUGGACACGACCAAUCCUCAAACGCACCGAUGACUUCCGCAAGCGCGAGUUCGUCGAGGCCACCUACGAUCCCAGCCAGCAACCCAUGCGCAGCACACAAACUGUCGACAAAGCUGCUCGUGCCGCAGCGGCCAGAAAAGCUGCCUUGGCUUAUCCUACGGUCACCAAUCGUGCUCGUGUGGAUGGUGGACUCGGAACCUACACUAUUGUGCCUAAGAGCGAUCUCACCAGGGCUCAGCCUGGUGUUCGUCGUUUGGGCGCUGCGGGAGAUGAGUUGGCUCGUAAGUUGCAGGCUCGCUCCAAGAACCAGAGGAGAUAG